AUGAGGAGAACUGAAAAGAUUCAAGGAAGCCCCAGGAGAACUAAAAGGAUUCUUCAGAGAAGCCAAAGGAGAAAUGAAAGUAUUCAGAAAAGAUUCAAAGAAGCCCCAGGAGAACUGAAAGGAUUCAGAGAAACUCUCAGGAGAACUAAAAGGAUUCAGAGAAGCCCCAGGACAACGAAAGGAUUCAAAGAAGCCCCAGAAGAACCGAAAGGAUUUAGAGAAGCCCCAGGAGAACUGAAAGGAUUCAGAGAAGCCCAAGGAGAACUGAAAGUAUUCAGAGAAGCCCCAGGAGAACUGAAAGGAUUCAGAGAAGCCUCACGAGAACUGAAAGGAUUCAGAGAAACCUCAGGAGAACUUAAAGGAUUCAGAGAAGCCUCAGGAGAUCUAAAAGGAUUCAGAGAAGACUCACGAAAACUAAAAGGAUUCAGAGAAGCCCCAGGAGAACUAAGAGGAUUUAGAGAAGCCUCAGAAGAACUGAAAGGAUUCAGAGAAGCCCCAAGAGAACUGAAAGGAUUUAGAGAAGCACCAGGAGAACUGAAAGGAUACAGAGAAGCCUCAGGAGAACUGAAAGGAUUCAGAGAUUCACAGAAGUCUCAGGAGAACUGA